CUUCCUUCUUGAAUCUCUCAACUCAUCUCUGCGAUAUAAUGCUCCAAUUAUUAAAUAUCGAUUAAUUUUGUCUAUCAACUUAAUUAAGUGUCCCAAAAAUUGAAUACUUGCAUAUUCACUUGUUCUUCUAAUGCAGGAUAGAAAUAGGAAAAAUAAGUAAUUUAACUUUUAAAUAACCGAUAUGUUAGGCGAGAUAAAUAAUAUCGAUGUUCGAGAGGAAUUCGACGGGUGGCAAAACUAGGUGACCUCUGGUUGCGUUGAAUCGAAAAUCAAUAAAGCACAGAAGGCACGGGGGCUUGCAAGACAGGAGUCAUUUUGAGGUUAUGUUGUUCUUAGUCCGACUAAUUCCGACAUCCACAGCAGCGAAAAGCCUAUUUUUAGGGUUUGAAACGUUGAUACCCCUCCCAGUUGCAUUCUAGUUUUGUACCCGUUCUGAGUUAUAAUGAAUCUAGGUGCUAACGAAAAAGUCGAAAGCACCGUAAGAUAGCGCGAAAAUGGGUAAAAAGAAACCUCAUGCGUCUGCCAAAAGUAAACAUCAUAGCACACCACAGAAAAAGAUAUCGUCUACGAGGAGGAAUGAAAUUAAUGUUCAGUGUGAAAAGCUCUUUCAUCUAAGUAGCAACCCAGCAUACGUAACGCAAGUAUGGGACAACUACUUAGAGAUAUCGGCAGUAUUGGAAAAGGUUAAACGAUUGGAGGAAAUGAAGACCAAAACGUCGAAGCGAAGUAAAGCUAUCGGGCAGUUUAUGAAGUGGCUUAGGGAGAAUGGUGCCGAUGUAGAUGGUGCUAGUAUAUCUGAAUUUCCUGGAUACGAUUUGGGACUGAAGGCAGAACGUGACUUUCUUGAGAAUGAAUUGAUUUUAACGAUACCUAAGAAGCUGAGCUUUAGUACCCAGACGGCUGCUCCUGAGUUAGCCGUUUUGCAAAAUGAUCCUUUGGUACAACAAAUGCCUCAGGUAGCAUUAGCCAUUGCCCUUCUUAUCGAAAGUCACAAAGAAAAUUCAAGGUGGAAACCUUACCUGGAUAUUCUUCCUUCUACUUAUACGACCGUUCUAUAUAUGACUGCUAACGAUAUGAUAGAACUGAAAGGAAGUCCCACGCUAGAGACUGCUUUAAACCAGUGUAGAAAUAUUGCUAGACAGUAUUCGUAUUUUAAUAAUUUAUUUCAAAAUAGCCAUGACGUCGUGUCAAACUUGCUUCGUGAUGUUUUUACGUACGAAGAUUAUUGCUGGGCCGUAUCUACGGUUAUGACCAGGCAAAAUAUGAUCCCGAACGAGGACGGCUCUCAAAUGAUCCACGCACUCAUACCAAUGUGGGACAUGUGCAAUCACGAAGAAGGGAGAAUCACGACCGAUUUUAACAUUAGCGCAGACCGAUGCGAGUGUUACGCCUCCAGGGUCUUCAAGGCUGGGGAGCAAAUUUUCAUAACAUACGGUCCCAGGACCAACUCCGAUUUUUUCGUGCACUCCGGUUUCGUGUAUCCGGAUAAUAAACAGGAUGGGUUCAAACUUCGGUUGGGAAUUAGCAAGGCGGACUCUCUGCAGAAGGAACGAAUAGCCCUUUUAGAAAAAUUGGGUCUGCCCCCGGUCGGCGAGUUCCUCUUGAAACCUGGUUCCGAACCAAUUUCCGACCUGCUCUUGGCCUUUCUGCGAGUGUUCAGCAUGCGAAAGACCGAGCUGGACCAUUGGCUGCUCUCUGAUAAGGUUUUCGAUCUGAAGCACAUCGACUGUGCCCUGGAAACGAUCGUCGAGGAAAAUGUCCGGAAAUUUCUACUGACCAGACUGAAGCUGUUGAUAGCGAAUUACCCGACGUCGCUGAAGGAAGAUCUGGAGCUCUUGAAAACGAUUUUGCCGCAAGCGAAGAAAUUAGCAGUCAAGUUGAGAGUGGCCGAGAAGAAGAUAUUGCUCGGCGCUCUCGACUAUGUUGAACAAUGGAUCAAAGCAUAAGGAGGAGGUUUAAACAAUUGACCAAAAAUCGGGCGCCACUACGGGCGCGAUUAAUGGGGUAAAUUAAUCCGCGUCAUAUUAUAAAGAGAACUUUACAGCGACUCACUCGAGAUGCCAAUAUUAUUUUUACUACCAGAUCUCCUCGGCGAUCGUUUAACCGGGAUUAAUGCAAGAAUAAUGGCGAUCGCGCUGAUUGCACUUUAACCCUUCGGACGUCGUGUACCUGCGCAGCGAUUAAAUGUUAAAUGUGUAAUGAUAAGGGUCACCGGUCAUACGUGGCCCCUGAAGGGUUUAAAGAUUCAGUACUACGAUUAUAUGUACAUACAUAUACACGAAUAAUUUAUUUAUUACAAGGAUUAUUUAAAUUGUACAUUAAGCGCGUGCGAGGCGAUUGAAAGCGUCUCUUUUUGCCUUGCUAAUUACUAAUUUUGAUAUUUCAAUAAUUUAAUAUCGCAACCGUAUGGCCGAUACAAGCUCUCUGGAGCAGUGGUAUGCUCCGAUAUAAUAGUAGUCAGAUUUUCUCUCUAAGGAGGAAGUAAUGCGAUUAAUGUUGCUCUUUAAUUUAUGUCGAUGGCACUAAAGCAGUUUCAAAGCUGUCCGUGCAACAUUGUUCAUAUUAACAUUGUCAACGUAUUAUUUCAGUAAGAAGUGAUAUUACCUCCCAUUGACCAGAAGAACAAAAGUGUAUCAGUCGAUGAUAGUAUGCGACUUAUUUACGUGUGUGU